UUUUUUCAAGGCCAAAUGCAAAAAGAAUCCCUUCACAAAAUAUAUGACCGAAUUUCUACACUGCUUAUUACUCUUCCACGUGUUUCUGAGCUCGUGGGCUCUAUUUCCGGGAGCUGAGCCAGAUGAGGGAGACGUUCGGCACAUUUAUCCGCCGGUGUAUAUAGGGGUUGGGCUCGGUGAGCACGCCCACGCAAUUCCAUACUUUUUGGGUUGGCUGGAGAAUUUGGAUUAUCCAAAGGAUAGGAUUAAAGUGGAAAUUUUCAUUUUAAGCAAGGAAGAUGCGACGAUUCAUCAGGUUAAAUGGUGGCUAGACUCUACAAAACAAUACUUCAAAUCUGUCAAAAUAAUCGAAGAAUCAGAAAAUUGGCUGGAAAGCGGAUUGAGGAAUGCGAGACUUCAAAAAGUUGAACGUUGUCUUCUUAUUUCAGGAGAUACAGUUCCAACUGAGAUGAAUUUGAUUCAGUUUCUAUUCAACGAAAAAACCCACGUGGCAGUAUCCCCACUUUUCCAAUCAAUAGAUGGAUCCUCCAACAUCGAUGAACCUUCUGAAACCCUCAUAAAUCAAAAUAAUGUUCGCGAAGAAAUUCUGUCAUUUUCACUUCCAUUGGCAAUUGAUUUGACAACUAUUGAUUCAUCUUAUCUAACAUUUGAUAAGGAUAAUCUUCCAAAUUAUGAAGGUGCCGAUGAUCCGUCGGAAGUUUUUGUGGUGUCUGCCAAGAAUAUGGGUAUACAGUUAUGGGCUGACAAUCAAGUCAAUUAUGGAUUUUUUGUGAAUCCGGAGAAGGAUAUUGAAGAGAGAAGAAGCACGAUUCGAUAUCAAAUUGCGGAUUUUUUAGCCGAUGAGCGGCCACUUCCAUUUGUUUCCAGAAGUGUGAGACCAUGGCAAUCAGAAGCCACGAAGCAGGGUGUUGAUAAAAUCUACUUGGUAAACCUGAAACGCCGACAGGAACGUCUCAACAGAAUGCAGAAAAUCUUUGAUAUUCUUGGAAUCGAAUAUUCUCUUCUAGAAGCUACCGAUGGACAAAAGCUUGAUGAGCUGCCGGAAGAGCUAAAAAAUUAUCAGAUACUGGAAGGAUACCUAGACCCAAUUAGUAAAAGGCCCAUGAAAAAUGGAGAAAUUGGAUGCUUUUUGAGCCAUUACAGAGUAUGGCAAGACGUCGUUCAACACAACUACGAGAAAGUGAUAGUUUUCGAGGAUGAUCUCCGAUUUUCACACGACGGUUUGACCAGAAUUCGGGAGGUUCUUCAAGAUCUAGACGCUUCACAUAAGCCGUGGGAUUUGAUUUAUUUGGGACGGAAAAAGCAAUCUGAAAAUGAAGAAUUAUGGAUUUCACAGCACAGACAUUUAUCGUCUGUUGAGUAUUCAUAUUGGACACUAGGUUACAUGUUAUCUCUCAAUGGAGCGCGGAAGCUUCUGAGACCGAAUCCGUUGAAGAAGAUGGUUCCAGUUGAUGAAUACUUGCCGAUUAUGUUUAAUAAACAUCCAAAUAAGGAUUGGUCGUUACACUUCGAGCCCCUCGACGUUGAAGCUUUCACCCUUUACCCAUUAGUCGUAUUCCCUCAAAAAUACACAAAUGAGCCUGGUUACGUGUCCGACACUGAAGAUUCCGUCAUUGUGACACCGAAACCUAAAAGCGAGGAAUUGUGAUUUUAUUUAAAUUUUGUUUAAAUUCUAUUUAUUUCUUGUUAUUCAUCAUUUUUGUGUGGGUGUCUUUCUCUUUCCCAUCCAAAAAUGUUCGGUUUUCUCGAAGUGGGUUUUAUUCAGUUUUAAAAAUGCGCGCAUUUGUACCGUGCGGGUCUCGCAACGAAAACUUUAACAAGUAGAAAAUAUUCGGUAUUUUCACGAAUUAUUGAUAAUUAUUCCAUCGAUUUUUAAAAUGAAAAUUCGAUAUUUUCCAAGGACCUACUUAAACAAUGCGUGCGCCUUUAAACUUCUGUUGUUAACUACUUACCAUUUUGUUUAUUGAAUAAAAUUCCUUGAAUUUUACAAAA